AUGGUGAAAGAAACCACUCACUAUGAUGUUUUGGGAGUCAAACCCAAUGUCACACAGAAAGAAUUGAAAAAGGCUUACAGGAAACUAGCCUUGAAGUACCACCCUGAUAAGAAUCCAAUUGAAGGAGAAAGGUUUAAACAGAUUUCUCAAGCUUACAAGGUUCUCUCUGAUGCCAAGAAAAGAGAAUUAUAUGACAAAGGAGGAGAACAGGCAAUUAUGGAGGGUGGAGCAAGUGGCGGUUUUGGCUCCCCCAUGGACAUCUUUGAUAUGUUUUUUGGAGGAGGAGGAAGGAUGCAGAGAAAAAGGCGAGGUCAGAUAGUCAAGCAUGGAGAUAUCAAAUGUGUGCUAAAUGAAGGCAUGCCAAUUUAUCGACGACCAUAUGAAAAGGGCCGCCUAAUCAUUGAGUUUAAGGUAAACUUUCCUGAAAACGGCUUCCUCUCUCCUGAUAAACUCUCUUUGCUGGAAAAACUCCUUCCUGAGAGGAAGGAAGUAGAAGAGACUGAUGAAAUGGAUCAGGUAGAACUUGUGGAUUUUGAUCCAAAUCAGGAAAGACGACGCCAUUAUAAUGGAGAAGCUUACGAGGAUGAUGAACAACACCCUAGAGGUGGUGUUCAGUGUCAAACCUCAUAAUGGAGCCAGUGAAUAGCGCCCACUACUGGCAUUUUAAAUGCAGUAGUGAUGGAGUGAAGGACUGCAAUCAUAAAUAAGUUCACUACUUGCUACUGUUUUUUGUUGUAAUAUUCAACUAUAGUAGUGCUUUAAAAAGUUAAAUGAAGACUAAACACAAAUAUAAAAGCUC